CAUUGGAUAAUCUUUUACCAUCGGCGGGGUAUUUCCGUCCAAUAAUAUGUUUUGCGCGGGACUAGGGUUUCUGAACUGACUCGUAUAUAAUCCGACGAGCUCCUCCGUCUUCAAGCUCUAGCCGUUUCAAAGUUCUUCUGCAGCUCAGUGCUUUAGCUAAGUGUCUGAGGUUUUUCAAAGAUCUUUCAAGAUGCAGAACGAUGAGGGUCAGAACAUGGAUCUGUACAUUCCCAGGAAAUGUUCUGCCACGAACAGACUCAUUACUUCAAAGGAUCAUGCCUCCGUCCAGAUUAACAUCGGGCACUUAGGUCCUGAUGGUGUUUACACCAACCAGUUCACCACAUUCGCCUUGUGCGGUUUCAUCAGAGCUCAGGGCGAUGCUGACAGUGCCAUUGAUAGGCUCUGGCAGAAGAAGAGAGCCGAGAUCCGACAGUAAUUUCUUCUCUUUUGUUACCCUGUCUUUCUAAUAGGCCCCUAUCAAAUUAUCCUGGCUGGGGACGGGAGAUUGUUAGCGAGUGUCUUUCUGUCAUCGGUGUUUUGCUUUUGCUCAAAUAUGUUACGCCUUUAUGGCUUUUAUCGGGUAGUAGAUUGGAUGAUAAUUUGAAUACCGCUUACUUGGAUCUGUAUUGAAUUGAGUAAUGGGAUCACCGGUUCUAUUUGUUAU